GGACAUUUGCUAAGUACUUAGUCACUAGCCACCAUCUAUCUGCUGUUCUACCUAUCAGGUCUUCACAGUGGAGAAGACGGCAUUUUGAAUGCUGCUAUGCAUCAUCUCCAGGCAGGGGCAGAUUUCAUCUCUGCCCCCUCCCCCAACUGUUUAUUUCAUCAAGGUCACGAGCGCGCAGUGGACGAGAUGCAUGCCUUGCGAGAUAAUACCUGGCUCCGCUUUGCGUGCCACAGCAAACAAAACUGUGUAGAACCUUUCAAGUCAGCCUUUCUCAUGCGCGACAAACCGUUUUCUCUGCCUGAUAUCACACAGACAGAUUUGUCUGGCCAUAAAUUUGCAUAUCUGUUCGCCUGUGAAAUUGCAGUCGGUGAUACGGGGACACCUGACGAGGAUCUGUUGGGAUUAAGAGUGUAGACCAUUCUGGAAAGCGGUCAAUGGCAUGUUGCGACGCCUUGUCGAGGCAUUUUAUAAAUAUUUCUGUGGGGACAGCAAGAUGAAUACAAAAGGGCUACCCGAGUGCUGCACGGAGUGGGCCAGUCCCUGACUUGUGAUAAGGACAUGCCAGUGGACCAGCGCUUCGUCUUCAUGCACAUCGGUUUAUGAUCCAUCAUGCAUCACGCUAUCGCGCUGCCUGUGGUCAUGUCCCUUGAAAUUUGACUUUAUACUUCGCCUUAUGUCUCGGCAACAUGUAUACCUGAAUCUUGAUUUACACCCAUUCCUGUAUCUCUGUCUUGCCUCAGAGCCCAAGC